UUUAAUACCUCUGUCCUUUGUCUGGGUUUCUUCGUUUUACCUAUAAAAAUAUCAAGAAGGCCCAUUCUUUUUCAACGCAGAGAAAACGCUAAGCUAAACCUCAAAGAAGAAGAAGAAGAAGAAGAAGAAGAAGAAGAAGACGAGGAAAUGAAGAACCGAAGCCGAUUAUUUCAAAUCGAAAGGCCGCGGCUCAUCGCCCUUCUAAUCUCUGCUGUUAUAUCCGCCGUUAUCGUCAUCGUCUUGAGCCGAAUGUACGUCAACAGCUCAUUACCAUUAUCAUCAACUUUCCUCUGUUCUAACUCCGGCAAGUACUUCACGCCGGAAGCCGCCGAGUACGCCACCACGCCCACUCAGCUCCUCGCCAUCCUCCACUACGCCACGUCGAAUAUCGUCCCUCAACAGAGCAUCAACGAGAUCCGAGUCUCCUUCGAAGUCCUCAAAUCUCUCGCCCCCUGUAACUUCCUUGUCUUCGGGCUGGGCUUUGACUCCCUUAUGUGGGCCUCACUCAACCCAGGUGGGACCACCCUUUUUCUCGAAGAGGACCCAAAAUGGGUCCAAACCAUCGUCGGGAAAACUCCGAUACUUCAGGCCCAUUCGGUUCAGUAUCGGACCCAACUCUCGGAAGCCGACAAACUGUUGGCUUCGUACAAAUCGGAGCCGGACUGUUUGCCGGCCAACGCUCGGGUCAGCAAGAACAGCCGGUGCAGGUUGGUGCUGUCGGAGUUGCCGGAUGAGGUUUACGAGAGAGAGUGGGACUUGAUAAUGAUCGACGCGCCCAGAGGGUAUUUCCCUGAAGCUCCGGGAAGAAUGGCGGCAAUAUUCUCGGCGGCGGUAAUGGCACGCGACAGAAAGGGUCAGGGAGUGACGCACGUGUUCCUUCACGAUGUGAAUAGGAAGGUUGAGAAGAUGUUCGCCGAGGAGUUUCUUUGUAGGAAAUAUUUGGUGAAAGCGGUUGGGAGGCUCUGGCACUUUGUUAUACCUCCGGUUGCUAUUGAGGACCGCAACACUUCCACUUUUUGCUGAAAUGGGUCUCUUUUUUUUCAUUCUUGGUUAUUUGUUGUUAUUAUUACUGUUAUUUAUGGCGUUUUCAGUUUUUUUUUUUUUUUUUUUAAUUAUCGGUAAUAGAAAUUUAUUGGGUUUUCAGUUUUUUUUGGGAUUCUUUAAGAGUUAUGAAGCUUGCAUUUGGGCUUCCAUUGAAUCCCCCUUGGAGAAAAUAUAUUAACACGUAUAGCAAUAUAUAGAAGAAGUUUUUAAUAA